AUGCCGGUCAAGUUAGAUACAACCGUUCUUCUCUAUGUCAUUUUCAUUGCGGGAGUGACCAUCUCCUUGGUCCUUGGAGCGUUAUCUUGGGCUCGCACCUCCGCAUUGCUUCUCCCUUUGCCAACAUGGGUUCCAGCCCUCGCGACCUUAAAUUCCCCGACCACAAUACUCACACUGAUAGCCACACGAAUCCUUUUUACACGUUUAAACAACGACACAGCUCACAAUCAUCAAUGGAACACAAUAUCGGGUAUACUCAAUCACGCCCAAACAGCCAUAUCGACCAUCGUGGCCACAUUAGCACUCGCGUACCUCUUCCCCGAUAGGAUCCUCUCUUGUAACCUGGAGCAACAAUGGCAGGGGUUUUUCAAGUCGAAGAACUCACAGGCUAUCCGGUCAAUCCAGGAUGAGCUCCAAUGCUGUGGUCUCAGAAGUAUUCACGACAGGGCAUGGCCUUUCAAGGACCGCACCCACGGGGACAAUGCGUGUGAGUUGCAGUUGGGAUAUCAGAGGAGUUGCUUUGCCCCGUGGAGGGAGUACCAGCAGCGGACGUCUUGGAUGGUUUUUGCGGCGGCUGUUUUUGUUCUCGCGGCUAAGAUUGCUUUCGUUCGGAUUUCCAGUCAUCGGAUGAGUUGGAUGAGCACAGGAUCUGUCAACAGGAGGUCUGGUUAUCAGCGUAUUUUACAACCGGAGGUGCAGGACGAAGGGGACGGUGAGAAUGGUAUCCCUGAGGAACCGCGGAGGACACUACUACCCCAGUCCAACACUGAGCAUGCAAACCACUGGGAUGUAGAUUGA